AUGGCAUCGAUUGGAAACCACUUUGGUCGUCUUCUUUUGAGUAUAGGGAAGAUUUUUGCGUUAUUCUUGGUGUUUGAGGUGUACAGCCUUCAACAUGUGGACGCCGAACUAACUGCACUUUCCAUGAUUGGAAAGUCAGCAUCACAGAGAAAAACUUACGUGUAUGACAACUGGAAAGCAGCCAAGGGUGUGGAUGGCAAAACUAGUAGUUACUUCAGUACUGCUGCAGCUGAUCCGUUUCCUUGGUGGAGAGUUGACAUGGACACAGAACACCAAUUGGGCAACAUUACCGUUACGCUAAGAACCGACAGCUGUUGUGGAGAAGGAUUCAUCGGAGCUGUAGCACGAGCAGGGCUUAGUCCGAAUGUCACUGAUAACCAACAGUGUGGCUUGCCGGCUACUGUGGAACAAUCCAAGACUGGUGCCGUGAUUACAUUUAACUGUGACCCAGCAGUGACAGCCAAGUAUGUCAGCUUGGAUAUCGAUCCAUCUCAACCUUUGGUUGUGCACACUCUGCUGGAAGUCGCUGAGGUGACGGUAGAAAACGCGACAAGUUCAGUCGUGUUUUUACAGGGCGGGAAAACUUCGCAGAGUACAAAUAUUGGUGAUCAAUUCGUGGCGUCUAUGGCCAUUGACGGAAAUCUAGAAACGUACAGCGCAACUGCUGGUGGAGGCCUAACCGUACGUGCAGGAGUCAACUUGACCCCUACUGAGAAUCAGCAAUGUGGCUCACCGGCAACUGCGGAACAGUUUGUUAAAGGCGUCAUGGUUGGAUUUAUGUGUGAUCCACCAGUAAAAGCCAAGUAUGUCAGUUUGGAUAUCAAUGCUAAGGGGAAGCUAGAUAUCACUGAGGUGACAGUGGAAGAGGAGAACGCUGAUAAAUGCUUGCCUGAAGGCGUUACAUCUGCCUCACCAACUAAUGCAGGAGUUACCUUUACCAAGCCAAGUCCCGCACAAGCCAUUACAGAUGCCCUGUCAAAUACCGCAGGACUUACCGUAACCGAGCCAAGUCCCGCCCAAGCUGGUUCGUCUGCCUCACUAUCUACUGCAGGAGUUACCGUAACCGAGCCAAGUUCCACACAAGCCGUUACAUCAGCCCCACCAACUACUGCAGGAGUUACCGUAACCAAGUCAAGUCCCACACAAGCCGUUACAGAUGCCCCACCAACUACUGCAGGAGUUACCGUAACCGAGCCAGGUCCCACACAAGCCGUUACAGAUGCCCCACCAACUACUGCAGGAGUUACCGUAACCAAGUCAAGUCCCACACAAGCCGUUACAGAUGCCCCACCAACUACUGCAGGAGUUACCGUAACCGAGCCAGGUCCCACACAAGCCGUUACAGAUGCCCCACCAACUACUGCAGGAGUUACCGUAACCAAGUCAAGUCCCACACAAGCCGUUACAGAUGCCCCACCAACUACUGCAGGAGUUACCGUAACCGAGCCAGGUCCCACACAAGCCGGUACAUCUGCCUCACCAACUACUGCAGGAGUCACCAUAACCAAGUCAAGUCCCACACAAGUUGUCGAUUACCCCGAGUUCCUGUCAGGAUACUACAACCGCAUAUACAAAGGUAGCUCCAUUGGGAACCCCGACCCUCUAUCAACUGAAGUAGCUUGGAACCUCAAGAGGUGUGCCGCACAUUGCGUCGUACAUGAUCUGUGCUACAUCUUUGACUUUUCACCGAGAACAGGCAGAUGUCAUCUCUAUAAACUGCUCGACAAAGUUAUCCCGAAACCUGACAGCGACUUCUUUAUCUAUGAAUUGGCAAAAUGUCUCUCUAAGCUAUCUAUUUGUAAGAACUAACAAGGGAAAAGCUAAAAAAAAAUUUUUUUUUCAAUCCUUAAAGCUAUACAAAAACUAACGAAAAUAUUUCGUUGUGUGCCUGGUUAAUUGGCGUUAAAGGGCGUGGCAAUAAUAAUAAUAAGCAACUGUGCUUCAAUAAAACAGAAUGAACGUCUGAUCAGUUUUCUGACAUUCGUGGGUCCUUACGGGAAGGUUAAAAACUGCAUUGAAUUCGGGAACGUGUUUUUUGCGGGGUUAAUUCCAGCACAAAAUUCUGCCGACAACUUUCUGUCACUGUGACGAAAUGUGCAUUGAAGAAGCGCAUAUUCUACAGCCUUACGCCCCUUUUCCGGGCACAUGACGGUUUGAUUUGAAAGAUUGGUAAAUUCAUGUACAGUAAGACGUUUUUAAUCAAUUAAGGUUCCUAACUCUUUGUUUUCUCUUGAAAAUAGCGAUCCAGUGAAACAGUUAAAGGAUUUUGUUAAUCGUAGUUAUCUUAAGUCUGCAGCUGUUACCGUUUACAAAAGCGACAAUUUAACCGCUUAGCCCAUAAUACGUGUUUUUUUUUAGAUUAACUAUUUUUGACACAAUAUUAUUUUUAGGACAGUAAUAAAAGUCUUACUUAAAGUCUCAUUGAGACACUUUUAAUU